UGUAGCAUGUGUCAAAUUGGAAAAUCGUGUAAGAAUUUUUUCCCCUAAAUUAAAUGAUUUUCACAGCAUUGUGAGAGAAUUUCUAUUCAAAUGGCAAACAAUUUCGAGGACAUGAGUUGGUCAGAGGUGCGUGACCUAUUCCGGAAGUGGCGUGAGGACAAUGAGCGCAAGAGCGAAGACGUGGUGAAUCUCUGGGAGGCUGUUUUGGAGGAGAAGCAGCAGAAGCUGGGCAACGAACGUCACCUUGUCCUGGAGCAAGUGAUCAUUGCCGGACUGGAUUGUGGGCGCAUCGAUGUGGCCGAGGCGUGCAUCAAGAGUCUCUCGGCGGAGUUCCCGGGCAGUCUGCGUGUGCAAAAGUACAGGGCGAUGCGCCUAGAGGCACUCGAGCAGUACGACGACGCUCUGGAUUUGCUGGAUGCCAUUAUCCGGAAAGAUGAAACGAAUGCGGCACCGCGAAAGAGACGCAUCGCCAUCCUGAAGGCGCGCGGGAAGACGGGCGAGGCCAUCAAGGAGCUGUGCGACUACCUGAAGAAGUUCAUGUCCGACCAGGAGGCCUGGCAUGAGCUGUGCAAUCUGUAUUUGGCUGAGGCGGACUAUGCCAAGGCGGCCUUUUGCAUGGAGGAGGUCCUCCUGCACAACCCCCACAGUCACUUGAUCCACCAGAGACUGGGCGAGAUCCGAUACACAAUGGGCGGUAUUGAGAAUAUUGAAAUUGCCAAAUCAUACUAUUCACAAGCGAUAAAACUGAAUUCAUACAACAUUCGUGCGCUAUACGGAUUGUACUUGUGCUGUGGACACAUAUCGAAUUCCAAGGCGACGCUGAGCAAGAGGAAAGAAGCCCAGAAGCUGGGUCAAUGGGCCCUGGGCCAGAUCACCGAAAAGACGAAGAAGCGAUCGAAGAACGAGAAGAGUAGCAAGUACAUUCAAGCACUGGAUCAGGCUUUUGGCAACUUGGACCUUAAAUCUAAUUGAUUCUAGAUCUAUUUAUUAGCAUUUAGUAAGGUAAGAGGGUUUUUGUAACAGAGACAACAUCCUGUUUAUCAGUUCUCUCUUCAUGUUGGUAGUUUCAUCACGGUUUUUGUGCGCAUUAAGCCGAGAAAACUUCAUUAUAAAAGUGCAUUCUUUAACUGUUUUCUUUUCCGGGAUAUAUAAAAUUGUUUGUUUCCCCAGUGAAAAUGUGCGUGUCACGCGUUGUUUUCAUUCACUUAAAAAUGCCAAUUUGCAGCUCCUCAAGGAGAAAAAUCCUUCAAUUCCUCAUCAACACAGAGUUUUGUUUUUUUUCCUUUUAAUUUGUCAACAGAGAAUGUUCGUUUAAAAAUAUUUUACACUUAGGCAAUUUAUAACACUUGUCAUAUUGAAUGAAAUGAGAAAAGAAUUGAGUU